CACUCAGCAGAAAACAUCUCUGCGUCACGCGGCACAGGUGCCUUCUUUCUUCUCUGCAGGAGAAACGGUCAUGGCUUCGGGUUUCUGUGAGGAUUGCUCCAGACUUCUGGAAGAAUUCAACUUCCAUCUGAGGAAAGUCUGCAGAGAGUUUGAGCGGAAAAUAAAACCCAUCUUCAGGGAGCUGUGUGAGUGCACGUGCUUCAGUGUCUCACCUGAGAGCAGUUACCUGAGGAGGAGGAAGAGGAGGAAGAGGAGUCUCUCUCUGAACGAUGAGGAACUUCAGCUCCAUGAAGAGGAAAGUCUUCAGUCUCUGAGCCGACUCUCAGCUUCAGAGGACAUUGAGCUGCAGAAGACAGCGGCCAUGUUUUAUCUACAGCUCAGUCAUCACUUGAACUCUCCUCUCCCAGACGCAUUGUUGGAGCCGGUCAUGAACUUACUGCUAUCAUCUGACCUGGAUGUUCAGAAGACCAUCUCUCUGUCUUUAGUCAAUCUGUUAGUGAAGAACAACGUGUGCAGAGCCUCUGUGGUUGAGAUGGGGAUGCUGGCUCCGCUUCUGGAUCUGAUCCGGUCCGGAGACUCCAGCGCUCAGAGCCACUCCUGCGCCUGCGUCUGCCUCCUCGCCUCCUCAGAGUCGAACAGAGAGGCUGUCAUGUUGGAGGGAGUGAAGCCUCUGCUGGCUUUAGCCAAAUCCUACGACCCUCGAGAGCAGCAGGUGGCCUCCUGGGCUCUGCUGCACCUCACACACUCAGAUUGGUCCAGGAGGCUGCUGGGUGAUGCGGGGGGGGUUCCCGGUUCUGGUUCUGCUGCUGCAGGGCUCAGACUCAGAGGUCCAGUUCUACAGCUGCUCCGCCCUCUGCAACAUCUCUUCUGCUCGGGAGCUCCACCGGAAGCUGCUGAGCAUCGGGAGUCACUUCCUGUUGAAGUCCCUGCUGACGCUCGCCUCCUCCUCCGUGCAAAAGCUCUGCGUCACGCGGCACAGGUGCCUUCUUUCUUCUCUGCAGGAGAAACGGUCAUGGCUUCGGGUUUCUGUGAGGAUUGCUCCAGACUUCUGGAAGAAUUCAACUUCCAUCUGAGGAAAGUCUGCAGAGAGUUUGAGCGGAAAAUAAAACCCAUCUUCAGGGAGCUGUGUGAGUGCACGUGCUUCAGUGUCUCACCUGAGAGCAGUUACCUGAGGAGGAGGAAGAGGAGGAAGAGGAGUCUCUCUCUGAACGAUGAGGAACUUCAGCUCCAUGAAGAGGAAAGUCUUCAGUCUCUGAGCCGACUCUCAGCUUCAGAGGACAUUGAGCUGCAGAAGACAGCGGCCAUGUUUUAUCUACAGCUCAGUCAUCACUUGAACUCUCCUCUCCCAGACGCAUUGUUGGAGCCCGUCAUGAACUUACUGCUAUCAUCUGACCUGGAUGUUCAGAAGACCAUCUCUCUGUCUUUAGUCAAUCUGUUAGUGAAGAACAACGAUUGGUCCAGGAGGCUGCUGGGUGAUGCGGGCGGGUUCCCGGUUCUGGUUCUGCUGCUGCAGGGCUCAGACUCAGAGGUCCAGUUCUACAGCUGCUCCGCCCUCUGCAACAUCUCUUCUGCUCGGGAGCUCCACCGGAAGCUGCUGAGCAUCGGGAGUCACUUCCUGUUGAAGUCCCUGCUGACGCUCGCCUCCUCCUCCGUGCAAAAGAAGUCGAUGCAGGCGUGCAGAUGCCUUCAGACUCUCUCACAGAAUGGAGAGACGCUCCAGCUGCUGAAGCCUCACUACGUCGCCAUGUUGGAGUACCUGUCGGUGUUUCUCCAAAAUAAAGAUUUAAAGUUCCAGCAGCUUGGCUUAGUGACGAUAUCCAACCUCAAGACAGAUGGAGACUUCUCUCUGUUGUCUGGCGGCGAGGUGGAGGAUCAGCUCCGGACGGUUCAUGAUCAGACGGAGGAAACCAGACGGCUGCUGCAGACGAUCCAGCCUCUCUCUCCAUCUCCUGUUCACCCUUUACAGCCUCCACACCAGUUGUUGCGUUAGACUUUUUCGUUGUCCGUCAUUUUAUUUUUCAUGUUUUAAUGAUGAGAUGAGACAUAUUUAAUAUUUAU